AUAAUUUUAUAAUUUUUUAAGGUAUUCGAUUUGUUAUGGAGUGAUCCCCAAUCGGUAAAGGGUAGCGCCCCGAAUAAAAUUCGUGGGGCCGGUUGUUAUUUCGGACCGGAUGUCACUCAAAACUUCCUAAAACGUUACAAAUUGAAAUUGUUAAUUCGAAGUCACGAGUGCAAAGCGGAUGGUUACGAAGUGAUUCACAACGAAAAAGUGAUCACGAUAUUUUCCGCAUCCAAUUACUACGAAUUGGGAUCGAACAAGGGGGCCUACGUGAAACUGGUAGGUUCGCAUAUGGACACGCAUUACGUUCAAUACACAGCAGCCACAUCGAAAACGAAAAAUUUGACCAUUACGCAACGAUUGGGCGUUAUCGAACGAUCGGCUUUACGAGAACUUAGAGGACAUAUUAUUUCAAAUAGGGAACGAUUGGAAUGCGAAUUUAAAAAAUAUGAUGUUAAUCAAAGCGGUUUCAUAACGAUAAGCGAGUGGUGUUCGGCAAUGUUAACAGCAACCGGAUUAUCAUUACCAUGGAGGAUAUUAAAGGAUAAAUUGGUUUUAGUGAACCCGGAUUCUGAAAGGGUCCAAUACGGGACGACGUUCGAUUUUCUGGAAGAGGGCGACUCAUAUCAAACUACUCCAACCGUUUCUGACACUCUCUACAGAAAUAAAUCAAAUUUAGAAGCUAUUUUUAGGAUAAUAGACAAAGAUGAUUCAGGUUCAAUAUCACUGGAAGAAAUGUUAGAUGCUUACGAUUUAAUAAAAGAACACAUCCCAACACCGAUAACAAAGGACCAAUUAAAAGACAUUUGUAGAAUGAUGGAUUUGAACAACGACGGGAUGGUCGAUUUAAACGAAUUUUUAGAAGCAUUUAGAAUAGUUGAUCCAGAACAGAAGUCCGAAGAACCAGCAGUAAUCCAACCUAAAAUAAAUUCUCCGUUAAAAACGUUUGCGCAGAUAGAUAAAUUUAUGGAUGAAACGCCGAAUGUGUCUCCAUCGAAAACGGAUACCAAUGGAGCAAUAACAGGGGGCCAACAACAAACUGGGGAGGCGACUUCUACGCCUCGGAAUCAUUCCCUAAGAGGUGUUAAUAGGUUAAAAGAGGUGUCCAAAUCUAAUCCGAAUUCUCUUAGUACUCUUACUCAAUCACCUGUUUUAAGUAGUAGAAUAGUUCAUUAAAUUUUUUCCAUAAAGAUUAACUAAAAUAUAUAAGCUAAUGUUUAUUUAAAUUAGCGAUUAAUGCUGAUUUAAAUGAAAAUAUGCAUAUGUUAAAAAAUUAUAAUGAUGGUAUUAAUAAAUUUGUCAAUUUAAUCGUCUACUAUAUCUGUAUUAAAUGUAUACAAAUUUCUAUGAUAAAAAAACGUGUUUCUAUAAAUUGUAACAAUUUCGAAAUUAAAUGGGUCCAGGUUUUCUCAGUUAAAUAAUAUAUCAAUAAAUAAAUAAUAAAUAAAU